AUGAACAACGUGAUGAUUGAGUUUGGGCGUGCGAUGAUGGCACGGGGAGGCUAUGAGCUCGCCAGCACUCUGUCACCAAUCGCACCCAAGCAUGAUAGUGGUCGCUUGUAUGCUCUGCACAGAGAAACGAAUGCCUUCAGCGUUCAAUCAGAUUUCCGUCAUGCUCUCUCGCAUAAUCCGGCAUGCAAGCUGGAGAGGAACGAAGUCAGUGCAUGGGCUGAUGUCUUUGUCGCAUACUGGAAGGCCGUCGGCGAGAUUCUCAUCGCCGAAGAAUCAUUAAAUUUAGGGAAAAACGCAUCGAAACCCCAAAGCAAGAUCGCCAACUGGGACAAAGUGUAUAACGCUUGGAAGGAUGUCCUUAACAUGCUCUUGCGAGGCUACCAGAUUGAAGUCUUCGAUGCUUGGACAAUCCCCUGUCUAUAUCUUGUGGCCAAGUUCCUGCGAGUGUUUGCCAUCAAAGCUGACGAUGCUGCCUUCCAGAAAGGCCAGACAUCGUUCAACGCUUUUGAGGAGGACGUCGGCGAUGCUACAGGAGGAAACGAGAAGCUCGAAGAUGCCGCACGCCAGAUCAACAGAGUCUUCAGUCUCUGCAUUGGCGAUAGAUCUCCAAUAGAGACUUCGCGUAAGUGGGGAGCCUACUACAUCGCUAACUUGCAGUUCAAAACAUACUUCAAGCUGAACUCUAUCGCUCUCUCACAAAACGUCAUUCGAUCGCUCUCGGCGACCAACACCGACUUGCCUCCGCUGGAUCGAUUCCCUCGCUCUCAGCAAGUUACUUACAACUACUACCUUGGCGUUCUCAAAUUCUUGCACGAAGAUUAUGCCAAAGCCGAGGAAUACUUGACUAUCGCAUACAACAAAGCAUUGACGGGCUCAACUCGUAACAUCAGGCUGAUUUUGACAUACCUCAUCCCCACAAGGCUUAUCACUGCUCACGUCCUUCCUACUCAAUCAAUGCUGGCACCCUAUCCUGGACUGCAGCGACUCUUUGCUCCGCUCUGUGCUUGCAUCAAGAAGGGCGACCUGGCUGGCUUCGAUACUGCUCUCCAAGCUGGAGAAGAGGAGUUUGUCAAGCGCAGAGUGUAUCUCACCCUCGAACGUGGUAGAGACAUCUGCCUUCGCAAUCUGGUCAGAAAGGUCUAUCUUGCUGGUGAAAUUGAAGCACCGAAAGAGGGCGAGGCGUCCGCAGAGCCAGUCCGAAGAAGUCGCAUUCCGUUGAGAGAGUUUAUGGCUGCCUUGAGAAUUGGCGGCGAGACUGAGUUGGAGGGCGAUGAGGUUGAGUGCCUGCUUGCCAACCUGAUUUACAAGGGCAUGAUGAAAGGAUAUAUCUCUCGCGGCCACGGAAUGGUGGUGCUGAACAAGAAGGGAGCCUUUCCUGGUACUGGCGUAUGA